AUGAAGGUCUUGAAUUUGUAUCGGUCUCUUCGUCGGAUUUCGAAUCAUUCCGUAGCACUGAAAUAUCUCGCCCUCCCUUGCAUAACAAAUGAAAAAUGGAAAACAAUCGCUGAAGAUUUUGAAGGAAGAUCUCAUUUUCCUCACUGUUUAGGUGGAAAACAUAUACGGAUUAAAAAAUUUACAAAGUCUGGUUCAAUGAAUUUAAAUUAUAAAUUCAUUUUUGUUAACAUUGGUUCUUAUGGGAAAGAUUGUGAUGCUGCUAUUUUCCAACGAACGCAGUUUUACAAAUUGCUUUCUGAGGGUAGACUACAAAUUCCAACACCAUCUUUAUUGCAUCCAAAUCAAAGUGUGGAAACACCCUAUGUUCUAGAGAUGAAGCUUUUCAGCUUACUUACUCACAAUCUAUUGAGGCCCUACAGUGGAAAUCAGCUUACCAUACAACAGUGUAUAUUCAAUUAUAGAUUAAUCCGAGCACGACGAUACGUUGAAUGUGCUUUUGGUAUAUUGGCAAACAAAUGUAGAAACUUUCACCGCCCUUUGAAUGUUUCCAAAAAACUAGGAAAAAAUAUAGUAAAAGCAUGUGUAGUUUUACACAAUCUUGUUCGCGUCCGAGAUGGAUAUAGGUCUGCAGAUGGAUAUGUGGCUACUGAAACAGCUUUUGUGGACCUUCCUGAUUCUAAUGUUGUUCAAGGAGGACAAAUGAUAUCAGAAACAACUUCGCUGAGUAUUUUACAAGUCCUGAGGGAUCCUUGCCGUGACAAAUGUCUAAAAUAUAAAACUAAUCCGUUUAUCUCUGAAUUCUUAAAUACAUUGAAGAUCUCAAGGACCUUAUCUGUUGCCCAAGAUUCAAAGCUUGCAUCAGAAUUAUCUUUUGGACGGACAAAGGCACAUGUUAUUGUUGCAAAUGUUACUGGAAAAGUGGCUGAAAACCAAUUAAUCGACAUAUUGCAGAGAAAUAAGUUUUCACUCAUAGUUGAUGAGAACACAGACAGAUGA